CGCCCACGCACAGGUUCCGCCUGCAGGAGCCGGGGCCCCGAGCGCCGAGGAGCUGCGGCCUCUCUGCGAGGGCAACAGCGGGUCCCUCCGGCCCGGGCAGCUCGUGUGCGAGCCCGGGGCCUCUCGGGGACAGCUGCACCGGCACCGCCCGGAGGCAGAGCGGGAGCGCGGCUCGGGCUGGAGCUGCAUUGCGGGGACGGCCCGCGGGGCAGUGACAUGAGCCCCAGGCUCUGCCCGGGUAUCGGACGCGGCCCCGAGCUGGUGAUUCUCCAGCGCGCUACAGGCUUCACCUCCCCCCCGACGCCGGGUGGUUCCCGGAGCUGACACCCUGCUGGAGUGGGCAUGGUGCACUCGCCUCGUUCUCCUCUUUCCAGAUUGACUUUUCCACUGAGUCCAGCCUGCACCAGCCCAGGACACUGAGGAGCCACAUUCCCUCCUUCCUUUCCCUUCGUUUCUGCUCCUCUGCAGCACACAGCGGGGAUGGCUGGAGCAGUCCUGGUUCAGCUCCGGGAGGCCUUUGAAGAUGUGGCACUGUACUUCACCAGGGAGGAGUGGGAGCUGCUGGGAGAUAGAGAUAAGGUGCUUUACCAGGACCAGAUGCUGAGGAAUUACCAAGCCCUUAUUUCCCUGGGAUAUCAGGGUCCCACACCGGACUUGAUCUGCCGCAUCCAGCAAGGGGAGGUGGAGCUCUGGGUCUGUGAUGAUGAGAACCGUGGAGAAACUGCAUGGUCUGAGGGCCUGUCUCCAGGUACCAUGAUGGUGAGCAGAGCUGAGGUGCAACUUCCUGAGGCAGGGAUUGCAAACCUGGAGGUGAUCCCAGUCAGCAACCAACUCCCUAUACAAUGGGGACAGCGAGCAGCUGUGGAACAAAAGAGCCCUGCAUGCAGGGAAGGCUUCAAGGGGCAGAGAGCCUCAAAGACCCGCAAGGGCAUCACUCACAGGACAGAUGUGUUAUAUAUAUGUGGAGAAUGUGGUGAGAGCUUCUGGGGCCAAGAAGAACUCAGGGCGCACAAACGGACCCACAGCAGGGAGGUGGUCCACCCCAGUGUUGAGCGCUUCCAAUACAAGCACCUGAGAUCACCCUCAGGAAAGUUACCCCACCUUUGUCAUGACUGCGGAAAGAGCUUCAACAACCCGACCCACCUCCGCGUGCACCAACGCAUCCAUACUGGGGAGAAACCAUACCAGUGUGGGGAGUGUGGAAAGAGCUUUCACCAGCUGUCCCAUCUCCAAGUGCACCAGCGCAUCCACACUGGGGAGAAGCCAUAUGGCUGCGGCCAGUGUGGGAAGAGCUUCCGGCACGUGUCUGCUCUCACUCAGCACCAGCUCAUCCACAGUGGGGAGAAGCCCUAUGGCUGCCCAGACUGUGGGAAGAGCUUCAAUCACCCAUCUCAUCUCCGUGUCCACCAGCGCCUCCACACCGGGGAGAAGCCACAUCACUGCACUCACUGUGGGAAGAGCUUCAGCGACCCAUCUUACUUCCGUGUUCACCUGCGCAUCCACACAGGGGAGAAACCAUACCAAUGUGUGGAGUGCACGAUGAGCUUUGCCCGCCCAGACCUCCUCCGCAUCCACCAGCGCGUGCAUACAGGGGAGAAGCCGUAUCAGUGCACCGAAUGUGGGAAGAGCUUCCGGCAGAGUACAUCUCUCACCCAACACCAGCGAACCCACACCGGGGAGAAGCCAUUUCACUGUGGGCACUGUGGGAAGAGCUUCAGCCACUCCUCUCAUCUCCAUGUCCACGAACGCCUUCACACUGGCGAGAAACCACACCAUUGCGGGGACUGUGGGAAGAGCUUUAAAGACCAGUCCCACCUGCGUGUCCAUCAGCGCAUCCACACAGGGGAGAAGCCAUACCACUGCCCGGAGUGUGGGAAGAGCUUCCGGCAGAGCUCUGCUCUCACCCAGCAUCAGCGUAUCCACAGUGGGGAGAAACCAUUUCACUGCACACAGUGUGGAAAGAGCUUUGAUUACCCAUCCAAGCUCCAGCUCCACCAGCGCCUCCACACGGGGGAGAGGCCACACCCUUGUGCAGAGUGCGAGAAGAGUUUCCACAACCUGUCCGACCUCCGAGCCCAUCAGCACGUGCACACGGGGGAGAAGCCACACCACUGUGGGGAGUGUGGGAAGGGCUUUACCCGCCUGUCCCACUUGCGAGCCCACCAGCACAUCCACACAGGGGAGAAGCCAUAUGGCUGUGCCCAGUGUGGGAAGAGCUUCCGGCAGAGCACAUCGCUCACCCAGCACCAGCGUCUGCACACCGGAGAGAAACCAUUUCACUGCGAGGACUGUGGGAAGAGCUUUAAAGACCCAUCCCACCUGCACGUCCAUCAGCGCAUCCAUACUGGGGAGAAGCCAUUUCACUGCACGCAGUGUGGGAAAAGCUUCCGGCAGAGCUCUGUUCUCACCAAGCAUCAGCGCACCCACAGGCUAGAACCUAACAACUGACAUGGGAUAGUGUCUCCAGCUACAGCUUGUUGUCCUCUCCAGCCUGUGACUUGAAGUGGAAAAGGGAGAGAGUCCAGCACCUUUCUGAAAUGUCCCCAUACACUAGUCACUGGGCUUGCAUGGCCCUGGGGAUGGGAGCGUUCUGGAAAUCUCCUAAACAGUCUGUACUGGGGGUUACAGGCUACAACUGGAAGAGAGGGGACAAGUGGGCUCAGGGCUGCACUGCAGGGGUCCUGGUGUUCCCUUGGUCAAUUUGUUGCCCAGAUUUAAUGUUAAAAUUUAGGCGGUGGCACUGAAGUGGUAAAAGUGGGCUUGGACAAGAACAGUCUGUUUUCUGAAGAGGUUAUUUAUUGAGUACAGCAAGUUACAAUUAAGCUUAAAGCCAGGAAACAGCAGAAACUUUGCAGAAGUCUUAUGUCGUCCCAAGAACAGUGUGUCUCCCUGCAGCUGGCCAGGCAUUUCUAAAUGCUUCCAGGGUCUGCAGUCUUUCUUUUUUGAUAGGUGGGGUGGGGGUCCACAUUUUUCAUUUUUGCUUCUUUUAUGGGUGGUCUGUACCCUGUCUUUCUCUUGGUUGCCUUGACAACAGCAUGUCUUCUGCUUUUUGCCUAUCUCCAGAUGGUUUUUCUGCCUUUUUAUAGGCGUUUUUUCUGUGUUUUCUAGUUCUUGUUGCUUUUCUGCUUAUAUAUGGUGCUGUUUACCAAGUGCCUACUGUUUACUUAAGCAGGUCAAUUCUGUUGCAGUCCCUUGCUUACUUAAGUUACGCACAGAUUACAUUCAGUGCACAUGCACGUUAUUCUUAGCAUUUUUUCUUAUAGAAUUGGUUACAGAGCCCAAAACAGUUUCAUUUUGCCAUGCCAUCUGCCAUCAAGUUGUCCAUGUUGCAGUAUCCGGGGGUACUCCUUCCAGCCCCACUGCUACAGGUUUGGAUGAGAGCAAACAAAACAGACUUAAUCACUGCCACUUAGCUAAUAGAAUCUCUGACGUAGUUGUGAGCAUAGUAGCACUAAAUUACUUUUUUUCUGCCAUAGCCUUUUGCUUUGUGGUUUUUACCCUGGUCUAUUCGUUCUUCUUUGUGGAAGUAUUUUGGGUGCCAUUAAAGUGCAGGUUUGUCUUUUUCA